AUGAAAGACCCAAUGGCUAGUUCCACUAUCGAUCAUAAUAAUAGCCAAUUAAAUAUAUUAUCAGCGAAUGCAAGAAAACGUAUCUUGUUUAGUAGCGAAUUAUUGAACUCAUUUGUCAAUCAACAUUAUUACGAUUUUCUUAUUACAUCUGAAUAUCAUGAUGAUGCAGCAACAGCUGCUAAAAAUGACCAUUUGUGCAUGACAAAAAGAUGUGUAAAAGGACAAGGUGGAGUAUUAGUUUACUUUAAAAAAUCAUUGAGCAUAACGAGAGCAUUUGAAUGUGAAACAGAUCAAAACGAUAUAAUAGUUUUGUUUGCCCAAACAAAACCGAAAAUAACUUGUUUUAUUGCUGUCUAUAGUCGUCCCGGUUGCCAAAAUAAUUACAACAGAUAUUUAGAAGAACAACAACGGUUUACAACUGAUAUUGAAACAGCAAAACAAGGUUAUUGGUCUAAAAUUAGUAAAUCAAUGAAACUACGAACGAUACAGAAAAAAAUGUCGAGAAAACCUCAACAACCAAUCCCUUAUUUAAUUGAUAAAAAUAAUAAAAAGCUUGUGGAAAAACAUGAGAUAGUUCAGGAAUUUAUAGAUAAAUUUUGCUUCGAUAAUUCUCUUAUUGAUAACACGGAUAACAACAGUGGCCGAGAUUUAAAUACCAAUGUAAAAAUAGAUAAAUUUAUCGCUAGUGUAGAAAUGAAUAAUAUUCUAAAACAAAUGUCACCUAAAAAAGCGGCUGAUUUCUUAGGAAUACAAAUAAUAAUGAUACAACAAGCGGGUGAUUUAUUUCAUUCUAUCCUCUUGAAAGUCUUCAAUGCCCGUAGUAACAACAGCGUAUUAUCCACAGACAUGGAGAGUUAUAAAGAUGUUAGCAUUCGAAAAGAAAAGACGAAAUUUUUCAUACAAAAAAUCAUAAGCCACAAAUUAAUUGCAGAAUGUGAGAAUUUGAACAUUUUGCAUGACAAUCAGUUUGAAUUUAGAAAAGGAUUAGGCACAGAGGAUGCUCAGCUGUUUUUGGCUCAUCAAAUAGCAAAAGGCAUUGACAAACACCAAGUUAUAUCAGCAGCAUUCCUCGAUGUUAGCAAAGCAUUUAAUAGUAUCGAUCCAAAUCCGUUAUUGACUAAACUAAACGAUUCGAGUAUAUUGUUGACUCUCGUGAGUUUUAUUAGAUCAUUUUGUGAGCCACGACAAGCUUAUAUUUCUAUUGAAAAUGACAUUACAUCAAAAGUUAAACUAUCGAGUUACGGAAUUCCACAAGGAAGCUCAUUAUCGCCAGUAAUAUUUACAUUAGAUCAACUGUUAGAACUUCGUCGAAUAACACUAUACUAUUUGGUUAUGCUGAUGACCUGA